GGAGAGGAGAGGUGGUGGGGGUUAGGACUACCUAGUAGGAGCUAUUGAUAUUUCUGUUUUUGGGAAAGGGGGGGGGAGUUGAAGAGAAGAGGGUGGGGGGGGGGGGGGGGGGAGGAAGAAGAAAGGACCAAAGGACCCUUGGGCAGGGGUUCUAUAUCUCUUUUCUGUUCUAUUUCAAGAGGUGAUGGCGAAGCCUAUUUUGCCAGUAGGUACGACAGUUGCGGUUGAUAUUCCUUUGGGCUCUGCGGGUGCUGGUGCUGGUAGAGGUGCAAAGAAGACGCUGCAGCCAUUGCGGCGCUCCCAUCCAUCGUUGGAACGCCCUGGCGGCGGCGGUGGCGUGUUGGGAAAUCAACAACAUACGUCAAGCGAUGCGGACGAGGAUGGUAGCUCCUCUGGGAAUGUGGACAGCAGAGGUAUAGGAGAGGAGUUUUGCUUUGAAGACUUGUUUGGCCCUCUUCCAUCUCCUCGAGUGGACCAGCGCGCUGCCAACGACUCGAUUGCGACAUGUAAGGGCAGGAUAGCUCCCCAAAUUUCGAGCCCCUCUCAUCACUUGGAAUCGGUGGUGGAAGGUGAGGAUUCGGUAAGCUGGGCAAAGUGUAGCUUGGACAGAGAAGUCCCUCCCACUCCUCUGGCUGCAAUGCAUGUGAAUGAGCUGUCUUCGUCGUGGACGGGAUCGGCACCGGUGACUCUUCGCCGGUCUCACUCGCUGGUUGGUCCGUCGCACGCGGAGCCGUCGCCCAAGUGCAGCAGCUAUGGAGGCGGGGCAGUGGGCAGGAACCCUUUCGGUGGCCCUCAGAGUCUUACCAAGGGAGGAGAGAGAUGUGGGGAGGAGGUUUGUGAUGAGGGGAAGAACCACCACCACCACCACCACCAUUGUGGAGAUGGGAUUGUCGUCAAUGGAGCCAAGCCGGUGGUCGAAGGGAGGGAAAGGAGGGAGGAAAUGGAAAGAGAAGCAGGCUACGGACAGAACGGAGUAGAAGCCACUGUGGGAGGAGACGAAAGUGAGGAGGAGGUGCGCGGUGAUCACAGUCGUGAGAGGCUUGUUCCUGCUGCGGAAGCCGGAGAAAAUGGCUUGCACACGAGCGAUGAAGCAAUCCGACCUGCGGCGAAUGGGGUGCGAAAUGGGGAGGUGCAGAACGGGGAGUCGAAGAAGAUUGGCCCCCAGGACUUUGAGAUUCUGCGAGUCGUUGGGCAAGGGUCGUUUGGCAAAGUGUUUCAGGUGCAGAGGAAGGCGACGGGAGAGAUCAUGGCCAUGAAGGUGAUGCGGAAGGAGAAGAUCGUGGAGAAGAAUCACGAAGAGUACAUGAAAGCUGAGCGGGAUAUUCUCACCUCUGUGGUUCACCCGUUCAUCGUGCAACUGAAGUGUUCCUUUCAGACGAAGUCGAAGCUGUACCUCCUCUUGGAGUUCAUCAACGGCGGGCAUCUGUUUUUCCAGCUCGAUCGGCAGGGGAUGUUCAGCGAGGAUCUCGCUCGCAUAUACACGGCGGAGAUCGUGCUCGCUCUGUCUCAUCUUCAUCAGCAAGACAUCAUCCAUCGCGACCUGAAGCCAGAGAACAUUCUCCUGGAUGCCGACGGUCAUGUCAAGAUCACGGACUUCGGUCUUGCCAAAGCCAAUGUCAGCAGUAUGGUUGCAUCGAACUCCAUCUGUGGGACGAUGGAGUAUAUGGCUCCUGAGAUCAUUCUCGCCAAAGGACAUGGAAAGGCGGCUGAUUGGUGGAGCGUGGGAAUCCUUAUGUUCGAGAUGGUCACCGGAAUGCCGCCGUACUUGUCCAAUAAUCGCCAGAAGCUGCAGGCGAAGAUUGUGAAAGAUAAGGUGAAGCUGCCGUCGUACCUCACAAGUCAGUGUCACUCUCUAUUGAAAGGGCUCCUCCAGAAGGAGCCGGCUAAACGUCUAGGUAGCGGCCCUAGAGGUUCGGAGGAGAUAAAGGGGCAUCCGUUCUUCAAGGGGAUAAACUGGAAGAAACUGGAGGCCAAGGAAAUCCAGCCGGGUUUUCGACCGAAUGUUGCCGACAAAAGAUGCACUGCAAAUUUUGACGAGAUGUGGACUAAGCUUCCACCGAAUGAUUCUCCUGCGGGCACACCGAAGAAGUCGUCUGAGGUUUUUCGCGGCUACACGUUCGUCGCGUCCAAGAACUGGACCCCAUCGGGGUACGACAGCGACACGGAGUCGGGACAUAGCUCAGGUGAAGAAGAUUCACCGUUCUCGGAGUAGUAGGUUUAUAAUGUAAGUCGAUGGUUCCCAUCCCCCACCCCACCCUCCCCGAUUACGGUAGGUUCCAAAUGUACCUCCAUGGCCAUUGGACCCCCCCCCACCGCCCGCCCCCCCCGGCCUCCCCAUGUGUGUGGUGCUUGUCAGUCUGAUUCUCAUCGAUUGCCGAUUGUCAACUACGUGCACAACCGACAUGAGGCGUUGAUAUUGAACCCCCCCGCCUUGCAAGACCUUUGCUUGUCAGUCUUGAUGGUGUUAUUUGAACAUGAUUUCUCUCAUGUAGCCAGAUCAUAACUAUGCAUUGUGUGUGUACAGCCUGCGCUGUAAUUGGAUGCGUGGAACUACCGACACGACACAUAAUACUAAGAUUGAUUAUGUGUGUGUGGGUAGAACCUGCAUUGUAAUCGGCCCCGACUGCCAUGGGCACGGAUGUGCUUGUUAAAGUAACCUGAUGUAUUUCAGGUUGUGGGCUUGCUGAGGGGGCCACAAUAUAACACUGGUUUUUUUUUUUUUUUUUUUUUGUUGUUUUUUUUUUUUUUCCCGAGACUGCCUAUUGUUUGAUGUGGAUCCAUGUAAUAGUUAAUAAAGGGCCUCGCUCCACUACUCAACGUUCUACAUGCAUUUGGAUGCCUUUCUGGACCAGGUCCAUUUGGAGGAGUCCAACCUGUCGAACGUAUCGGGACGAUCAUGAGCUCCACAUACGUGUAGAGUGUGGUUUAGUUUAGUGAGGGCCAAAGUUUUGCACUGCAUGAAAUGUGGGACACUAUGGCGAACUGCACACGCGAGAGGAGUUCAUUUUUCUGCGCUCGCCGUGCUUCACUUGUCUAUUCAUGGACGCCAUUCAUUUUGUCCUGUAAGUUGUGGAUCUGGUCCUAGAUCAGAUCUGACUGCUUCUCCGUAUUUUGUUGAACAAAGUUAGGUAGGCCUCAUAUUAGAGGUGAGGAUGGUCUCGCUUAGGUCGGCCUCGUAGAUUUCAGAUUCAAUUCAUGCUGAUUUGUUGUUAUGUCUAUUUACGGUUGGUUGGCUGGUUGACGGUUCGUCGUCCUAGGGUGGCUUGCAUUUCGAUCUUAUAUUUGGGGGGGUAAUUCUCCCCCUUUCGGAAAUUCAAAGACGCAGGAUCUCGUUAACGUUGCAAACGUCGAACGACACUCUGUGCUUGCCGAUUCUCUGAUUCGUUUCACAUGCCGAAGGCGGCAUGCCAAGGUCAGUUUUUACAAUCCCCUCUAGUGGGAAGAGGAUCUCUUGAUCUCAUGUUGUUGGGGAGUGUGCACCUUUCACAGUUCGGAGACGGAAGCACAUCCUGCCCUUUAUUUGUUUCACACAUCUAAGCUGACAUGCAAAGAUAGAUCGUCGCUGUUUAGAAGCGUCAUGUGGGAGGAGGGUGCUUUGAUGUCAGGUGUCAGGGGAUUCCUCCCCCUCCCGCCCCCCUUCCCCUGCCCCCACUUUUCAAAGUCGAAGAUGGGGGGCCUCGACAAGUUUGAAGCUUGGAUACGCAGAAGAUGUCUUGAUGUGAUGUCGUUGAGUGCCCCCCCCUCUUUUGUGAAUGUUGAAGUGGCAGGGACCCCUACUGUGUGAAGGAGCUCCUGCGCUCGGAGUCGGAGUUGUUCCACACAUCGAAGGCAUGCAAAGAUGAGUGUUUACAAGCGUCAUGGGAAGAGGAGGAUGCGUGUUGAUGAAAUGCCGGGCUGUUUGCCCAUGUUGCGGACAGAAAGUAGUCGAGGAGGCAGGGGCUCGUGAGGUGAGUUGGAGGUACUCCACACUGAUUUGUGCAACAUGGAAGGAGUCGAGGAGGCAGGGGCUCGCGAGGUAAGUUGGACGUACUCCACACUGAUUUGUUUUAAGCAGCUGAGGCAUGCAGAGAGAUGUGCUUAGAAGCUUUUAUAGGAAGAGGAAGGAGGAUAGGAGAGGUCGACAAGAGACUGCAGGGGAAGACUUUUAUGAAAAGGCCUAUAUGAAUGAAAAUAGGCCUCUGGA